AUGGCUGCUAACGCCAGAUACGAGCCCGCACCUCAGCGGGACUCAUUUGAGGACUCGUCCUUCUCCCAGGCCCCUCCUUCAUAUCAGGCUACAGCGGAGCCAGCACCUCGCAGUGAAGGCGACAAUCUGCCAGAUGACUUCAAGUUCGGAGGUACCGUCGCCGAAGGCACUAUUGACAUUAGGAUGCAAUUCGUUCGCAAGGUUUAUUCAAUUCUAACGGCCCAGCUCCUCCUCACCACUAUUAUGAGCUCCAUCUCUUUCUUCAACGAACCAUAUCGCAAAUGGAUCCAAGGUCACCCGGUGGUGAUGAUAAUAUCCGUGUUCGGUGCACUUGGCUUCAUGCUUGCGACUUUCUGGAAGCGCAAGUCUUACCCCGCCAAUCUGCUUUUCCUAUCCGGCUUCACUAUUCUUGAGGCGUACUCGAUCAGUGUGGCGACAUCCUUCUAUGAGACCAAAGUUGUUGUGCAAGCGCUAGUCCUGACGCUCGGAAUCUUCGUCGCUUUGACCCUCUUCGCGUGCCAGACCAAAUAUGACUUCACCGACUGGAUGCCAUACCUGUUCGGCGCGUUGUGGUUCAUGGUCCUCUUCGGAUUUGUGACUAUGUUCAUUCCAUUUGGCAGCACUGUUGAAAUCAUUUACGGUGUGCUUGGUGCGCUGAUAUUCUCAGGGUAUAUUCUCGUUGAUACGCAACUUGUUAUGCGACACUAUCACGUCGAGGAGGAGAUCGCCGCUUCCAUCUCGCUGUAUCUCGAUGUGCUCAACCUCUUUAUGUCCAUUCUGCGCAUCUUGAACGGUGCCAACAACAAUAACUAA